AUGAGGGAUGAUUUGCUUGAAGGUAUUAUCGAAAAUGAGGAAGUUUCUGAAAAUGAAGAUAAUAACCUAUCUAAUGAAUAUGAAGAUGAAGAUUUUAAUGAAAUCAUUCAUAUAAAUAAUAUGGAAAGGGGUAGUGUUUCACUGCACCAAAGAUUUUCGAUAGUAGCUUCUCCAUCAAGUUCUCGAUUUUCGACGCUAUUUUCUGAUAUUCUACAAGAAGACAAUACUAUAAAAGAAAAUAGCAUCUCACAAACAAAUAAAUCUUCACUAACACCCCCAUUGAAUUCCCGAUUUUCAGUACAGUUUGCUAACACAAUGCAAGGAGAAAUAUCUGUUAUAGAAGAACAUGAAUUGGAAAUUGCCAAUAAAAAUCUCAAAGACUAUCGUUCUAAGAUGAAACAUCAGAUGCACACAAAAUACAAUAUUCAUGAACGUGUUUAUGAAGUUGUAUUUGCAGUGCUUUCUAGAAAUAUGUAUUGCCUCGUAUGUCGAUUUGGCAUUCUUGAUCAAUCAUUUCCGGCUGGUGUGGUUUUGCUACUUGGUCCAAAAGAAUUUUCAGAGCUAGAUAAUCCUCCAACCAACAUAACUGUGACUGCUUUACAACAAGAUGUAGUUGCAAAAAAGCAAAUAUUGUAUGUGGAAGUGGAUGUCAUCCAAAAAAUUCAAAGUGUAAGCACUGAGCUUAAA